AGAAUUCUACUCUUUUACAGAGCAUCUUUUUGAGUGUCUUGAUUUUAAUUGGAUUUGGAUCUCCACAUCGUUGGUGGGAGAAGGUUAUCAGAAUGGCUUCAAAAUUUGCGACCACACAUGUCCUUCCUCAAUGACAAUUUGUAUUUUACAGUUUAUAGUAGUUCUGCUAAUGGCUGCUUCAUUUCACUCAUAAGACAAUCAUCAAAUGUAAUGUGGGGAACGAGUUUCUGUGUGUGAAGAUGGUGACAGUCAGCAUUUUACUGAUUGUUCCCUUUGUUUCAGGUGCUAUGGCUGAUUAUCCUGACUGGAUAAAACUCUACAUGACUGCACCAAAGCAGACGAAAGCACUGAGUGGAUCUUGUUUGCAUAUCUCAUGUAACUUCACACCCAAAGACGAACAGAAAUUUAACAGAGAAAGAAAAAUCUUUGGAGUGUCGAUUAAAAAUAACGCUGACUUUGGCAGAAAUCCAAACAAUGUGAUCUUCAACAGUAGUGGAGCAGUUAGCAUCUAUCCAAUGAGCAUUACUGGGAACCUGAGUCAGAGAGACUGCACCACUCUGUUUACUAAUUUAACCAUAAACUACACAGACUGAAGUUUUUAAUCGAUUUAUUUUAAUUGAAUUAUACAUACCUUUGUUCUGAUACUCGCUCUCUUUAAUGAAUGCAGACAUGUAAAAAAAAUCAUUUAUAAAAGAACAUACUAUGGGUUAAAGCAGGAAACUGUUAUUGUUAUUUUUUUUAAAGAAGUUUUAAUCCAUUUGUACAUCAGUUUUAGUUUGUUUCAGCAAAACUGAGAAUCCAUAGUAGUUCAAACUGCAUGUAUGUAAUAUACAUUUCUUUAGUGUUAAUAUGUUUGAGAUGUGAAACCACAGAUUCUCCUUGGAGGCCCAAUAUUACAAUCCCAGGUGAUCUGAAGGAGAAGGAGUCUGUCACUAUAACCUGCUCAGCUCUCACUCCCUGUCCACACUCCCCUCCUCAACUCACCUGGAAUCUCCAACAAGACUCUCACAACAAAAUAGAGGAAAACACAGAUGGAAGCUUUACAACUAAAAUCCAGCAGACCAUCACUCUGUCAGACACACAUGAUGGAAAGAAGAUCAGCUGCUCUUCCAGAUAUCCUGUGAACCAAGGAAAAGACACCAAGACAGCAGAGACAGAAGAGACUCUCAGUGUUUCAUAUGCUCCUAAAGACACAUCAGCAUCCAUCAGUCCAUCAGAAACCUGAUGCUCCUAAAGACUACCUCAGCUACCUCAGAGAUUUCAGCUGUCAGUUUCCACUGUGAGGAACAUAGUGAGGAAAAUGGAAGACUACAGGCACAGUUCUGGUUAAGGCCCGAAGUGCAGGCCAAGCAAAAUCUCAGAUAAGCAGAGGUGAAAGAUGGUGAGAACAGUCACAGUCAACCUACAGACCAGCUCCAAAGACCUACAGCAUCAUCAUGCUGCAGAUGGUGUCUCUGUGCAUCGUUCAACUAUUCAAUGCACUUUGCACAAGGAGAUGCUGUAUGGGAGAGUAAUGCAGAAGAAGCCCUUUCUGUGCACAUGCCACAAACAGAAUCACUUGAGGUAUGCUAAAGCACAUUUGGAGCUUUAGCAUACCUCAAGCCAGCUUCAUUUUGAAAUAAGGUGCUGUGGACUGAUGAAACUAAAAAUGAGUUAUUUGAACAUAACAAGAGGCGGUAUGAAUGGCGGAAAUAGAACUCAACAUUCCAAGAGAAACACUUGCUACCCACGGUAAAAUUUGGUGGCGGUCCCAUCAUGCUGUGGGGCUGUGUGGCAAGUGCAGGUACUGGGAAUCUUGUUAAAGUUGCAUGGAUUCCAGUCAAUAUCAGAAGAUUCUUGAGAACAAUGUUCAAGAAUCAGUGACAAAGUUGAAGUUGCGCCGGAGCUGGAUAUUUCACAAGACAACGACCCUAAACACUGCUCAAAAUCUACUAAGGCAUUCAUGCAGAGGAAUAAGUACAAUGUUCUGGAAUGGCCAUCUCAGUCCCCAGACCUGAAUAUUAUUGAAAAUCUAUGGUGUGACUCAAAGCGGGAAACCAUCAUACCUGACUGAACUGAAGAUGUUUUAUAAGGAAGAAUGGUCCAAAAUACCUUCAACCAGAAUCCAAACUCUCAUUGGAAGCUAUAGGAAACGUUUAGAGGCUGUUAUUUCUGCAAAAGGAGGAUCUACUAAAUAUUGAUGCAGUUUUUCUGUUGGGGUGCCCAAAUUUAUGCACCUGCCUAAUUCAGUUUAAGUAACUACUGCUUUUAUUACUUUUUUAUAUAUCGCUUCACAACUACAUGUAAAAUAGAUUACUGCUGAUACAGUGUGACUAUUAAAAGAGCCUUCAGUUUUCAGGCUCCUCUUCUGUGGAACCAGCUUCCAGUUUGAAUUUGAGACAUAGACACUAUUUCUACUUUUAAGAUUAGGCUUAAAACUUUCAUUUUUGCUAAAGUAUAUAGGUUGCACUGGUUGCACUGAAGCUGAUGUACACAAAAGACUGAAGUUUUUCUCUUCAGCUUUAACACUGGAAGUUUAAUUGUUGAAUGCAGCCAGCUGGGCAGUGGAGCCUACCACAGCUAGAAUAGGGGGAGAUAGAGUGAGACAGAGGCUGUGAAUCUGUCACUGGGCCACUGAAUUUCUCGUUCUUAUGGACUUAAUUCAUAAGAACAUAUUUUACUUUGCAUCCAAGAAAACUGCACUUUCCUAAACACCAUGGACUUUGUACCUGUUGUUUACUUGUGCUGAAAUUUCUUCACUCCAUAAAAGGUUGAACUUACAAGCUUUGAGUGAGUGACAGAAAAAAGAAUAUUUGAGGGUGAAGAUUUAGACUGUCACAGUGACUUCCUCUUUUGCAGAACAUAAUCAGGAAGGACAAGACUGACUGUUCAUAUGUUUUAUUGUAGUUCUGUUUCGUUUUAUUCUACAAUCUCAAAAAAACACCACAAAAUAGAGGAACCAAAGUAUGUCUUUGUCAAAUUAGUAUGUGUAGAGCAACAAUUUCAUAAUAAAUUAGAUGCAGGUUUUCCAUUGUUCUUGCAAUUUUUGAAAGGUCUGCUGUACUUCUUUUGUCAUAAACCAGUGCAUGUGUGCGUUCUUGGCUUCCUGGCUGAUCAAUCAAAUUGAAUAAGUCAGAAGUAGGCUGCACCAGAGCUGCACUGUGAGUGUUACAACAAGUGUUCUUAGUAGUGUUUAUGCAAAGAGUAUUUGAGUCUUUAAUUGACAAUAAAUCUAUAAAAUACUCCAAUAACCUGUUUUAUUUUUCUUUGUGAAGAACUUUGGGUCGUUUAUGGAUAAGUGUGAAUUGAAACUUCAUAAAAUUUACAACUGUACUGUACACAUAGAUCACACUGAAGAAUACAUGUUCUUAGUUUCAGACUGAGUUGUUUUUUGAUGUGAAUAGAAGAGAUGCUAUCAAGCCCUAAGACCAGCCAAGGCCCAGCUAGGGGCCCAUCACAGAUCUGCUGUCCAUUUUAAGUCACUGUAUCUGUACUAUAAUAGCAGAACCAAUGACAUGUGUGACGUGUAACACAUGUGAGACGUGUGAUUGAGCAGAAGACCAGCUUCCACCCUGACUAUAAAGCACCUGUUAGCUCAGUGAUCUGCCAUCAACAACAGGAAGCUACUAUUAAAGCUGGAUAUCAACAGGCUACAAUACAAGGGGAACAGCACUGAAUGAGCAAAUCCUGAUGUCAGAGGUCAUCACUCCAGUGAACACGUCUCCACUGCACUGAGUCCAGUGCUGCUUUGCUUUAUGCCACUGUAGUCCAUGCUUUACAUUGUGCUUGGUGAUGUAAUGAUGAAGCUACUUGAGCAUGGAAACCCAUUCCAUGAAGAACUCUACAUGAGGGGUGUCAAACUCAUUUUACCUCCAGGCCACAUAUAGCCCAUUUUGAUCUUAAGUGGACUGGACCACUUAAACGAUCAUUAAGACUGAGAUCUGAUUUUGGGAAUAAACUAAUUCAGAUGAACAAUUUGUAAUAUUUGUACUGUAAUGUUUUAUCAAAUAAAUCUACUAGAUGGACUGAUUAGGGUUUUGCAUUUUGACCAAUAAAAUUAGAAAUAAUUUGUCAUUUAGUGUAUCUAUACAUGUAUCUAUAUCUAUAGAUACAUGUUAGUUCAUUAGAUGGAGGGAUUUAAUAGCUUAUAUUUCUCAUGUAUCAUAUUAAUGAAUAUUUCCUAAAUCCAAAUUUACAUUUGUGGCUUCAUUAAACAUGGCUUAAUUAAAAAUGGCUUAACGUUUAUUGAGCACAGAUAUAAAAUAUGUUUUUUCUACAACUAAACUCAUGAGCCAGAAAUCAAAUGCCUGGUGUUGCUGCUCAACAACCAAAUUGUACUGUUACUGUGCAUUUCCCACACUUUGUGAUUAAUUUAAGUCCUGAUGCAGUCACUGCAGAUGUGCUAAAAGAUGCAUGUAAAUAUAAGUGCUUGUGGCAGACUGACUUCACUGUGUCCGUAUUUUAAGGAAGUCUUAUCUAUCACAGGAUAUCAGCAGAACUGAAGAGUUUUUCUCAGAGGCAUCGAGUGACGCCUCCAGCAGCUUUGUGACAAACUGACUUUAAUGGACUUUCUUAAACAACAAGUUCUCUUUCUGUACUUCCUUCUUUCUAACAUCGGCUGGGCGACACAGUUCACUGUAAUUCUUCUGAAACUGUAAAACAAUAAAACUACACUUGGGAUUGUUUGGUAAGGAAACUUUUUAUUGCUUUUAUUCAAUAACUUUUUACAUUUCUUUCACUGCACUGACAGGUACAUGUAAAGUAAUUUUAUUUACUGAUGUUCAAGUUUUACAAUAACUGCUUUGUGUUACAUUUUUCAUAUUUCAACAUGUUUUAAAGCAAAAUCCUACAAGAAAAUAAAAAAAAGAACUGUAUGACUGAAAAAGGAACAAUUUUAUGACAAAACUGCUUUAAAAAUAUUAAGUACAGUGUUACAGCUCCAUACGUGAAAUGAUGUCUUUUUUAAUCCAGGCAGUAGAGUAGUCUGUGUGUGAACAUGGAGACAGUCAGCAUGUUACUGAUUGUACUGUUUGUUUCAGGUGCUUUAAAUGGUUAUUCCUAUAAAGCAGACCUCUUCAUAACUGCACCAAAGCAGCUGGAAGCACUGAAUGGAUCUUGUUUGCAAAUCCCAUGUAGCUUCAGACCCAAAGAAGAACAGAAAUUUAACAACAAAAGUGAAAUCUUUGGAGUGUGGAUUAAAAAUAAUCCUGAAUUUGCCAACAAUCCAAACAAUGUGAUCUUCAACAGUAGUGGAGCAGUUAGCAUCUCUCCAAUGAGUAUUACUGGGAACCUGAGUCAGAGAGACUGCACCACUCUGUUUUCUAAUUUAACCACAAACUACACAAACACAUACUUCUUCAGAGUAGAGAGUGAAACAUUCAAGGCGACAGCUUCUUGUGAUCCUCUUCAAAUAACAGUCAGAGAUUCUCCUUGGAGGCCCAAUAUUACAAUUCCAGGUGAUCUGAAGGAGAAGGAGUCUGUCACUAUAACCUGCUCAGCUCUCACUCCCUGUCCACACUCCCCUCCUCAACUCACCUGGAAUCUCCAACAAGACUCUCAAGGCAAAAUAGAGGAAAACAUAAAUGUAAGCUUUACAACUAAAAUCCAGCAGACCAUCACUCUGUCAGACACACAUGAUGGAAAGAAGAUCAGCUGCUCUGCCAGAUAUCCUGUGAACCAAGGAAAAGACACCAAGACAGCAGAGACAGAAGAGACUCUCAGUGUUUCAUAUGCUCCCCAAAACACCUCAGCAUCCAUCAGUCCAUCAGGUUUGGUGUUAGCAGGCAGCUGGGUGAAGCUGACCUGCUCCAGCAGAGCCAAACCUCCAGUCAGCAGCUUCACCUGGUUCAAGAAGAGCAGAGAUGGAGCUGUGAAAGUAUCUGAAGGAGAGAUUUACAGCUUCAAUGUAACAGAUGGAGGAGUUUAUUACUGUGUGGCCACUAAUGAUCUGGGUAAUCAGACAUCAGCAGAGAUUCAUGUGACUGUUGGAGGAGAGCAGAAUGAUCACUUCACACUGGGCCUACUUCUUGGAGGAAUCACUGGGGUCAUCUUACUGAUUUGCUUGACAAUAUUUCUUUGGUGCUUAAAGUCAACGCGUCAAACUAUACAACACACUCAGAUUGAAUCACAGGAAGAGCAGUUAGUUGAACGGCCAGCAAAUAACACAGAAAAAGAGGAAGAAAACAUCCAUUAUGGAGAGAUCGGCUUCUCUGGGCUGGGAUAUGAAGCAGCCUCUGACUCAGUGCAGGACAGAGGACAGCAGCAGGAUACGGUGUACGCACAGGUGAAAGUCAACAAGCCAGAAAACAGCUUGACACAGAGAGCUCAUGGCCAAGAGGAACUUUACGCUGAGGUGAAGAAAAAAUGAGAAGUAUCUGUUUACAGCCUAUGAAGAAUAAAAAAUAAAUGUGGAGCAUUUACAUGAAAAUGUGUCAUUGUCACUGCCAGCAGGUCAGUGAUUAAAACAAACUACUUUAUGCAAGCUUUUAUGUUCAUGCUGUUGUCUGACUGGUACCGUAGGACUGGUACUUGUAUAGCACCAUCCGACUUAUUUUGAGCUCUCAAAACACAUCCUACUAGUCUGAUCCACCCAAUCACAUACACAUACACUAUAUUGCCAAAAGUAUUUGCCUUUACACCCAUAUGAACUUGAGUGACAUCCUAUUCUUAAUCCAUAGGGUUUAAUAUGAUGUUGGCCCAGCCUUUGCAACUAUAACAGCUAUAACUUUCCACAGGUUUAGGAGUAUGUUUAUUGGAAUUAUUUACCAUUCUUCAACAUGCACAUUUGUAAGGUCAAGCAUUGAUGUUGGAUGAGAAUCCCUGGCUUGAAGUCUCCGCUCUAAUUCAUCCCAAAGAUGUUCCGUCAGGUUUAGGUCAGGACUCUGUGCAGACCAGUCGAGUUCCUCCACACCAAACUAACUCAUCCAUGGCUUUAUGGAUCUUGCUUUGUGCACUGGUGCACAGCCAUAUUGGAACAGGAAGGGACUAGCUCCAAACUGUUCCCAGAAAGUUGGGAGCAUGAAAUUGUCCAAAAUGUCUUGGUAUACUGAAGUAUUAAGAUUUAUUUCCAUUGAAACUAAGGGGCUGAGUUCAGCUCCUGAAAAACAAGUCCAAGCCAUGAAGAUUUUAAAGCAUGUGACUCCAGCAAGCUUUACACUUGACACAAUGCAGUCAGACAAGUACUCUUCUCAUGGCAACCACCAAAUGCAGACUAGUCCACUGGAUUACCACAGAAGUUUUGUCACUCCAGUAACGUGUUUGCAUGCGUUCUAGCAGUGUGCGUUACACUACUGUAGUGAUUGACUCACAGUCAGUGACCUCUGUGCACCAUGUGCCUCAACAUCCACUAACAACUGGCCACGAAAGUGAUUGGAACAUCAGAAUUCAAUGAUUUGAAUGGAUGAGUAAAUACUUUUGGCAGUGUAGUGUACAUACAUUGCUUUUAUCUAUGGACAGCAUUCACAUAUAUUCAAGAUCUGAUGGAUACAUAGGGAACAACUUGGCGUUCAGCAUAUCUUUCAAGGAUCCUAUAGCAUGUGGAGAAACCAAUGAUAAAUUCACUAACCUCCAAACUAGUAGAUGACCCACUACUCCACCUGAGCCAAGCUAUCAUACUUUGCCAGUGUAAACAAAGUAUACAACUUAAGAACAUCCUUAUAAUUUAUCUCUUUUUAUUGUUAUUUUUUUUUAUCGUCAUGUUCAUACAGCAAUUGCAUGUUGGUGUGCUUUUGUGUGAUUUAUUUUGUUUAGCAGACAUGUUAAAAUGAGUGCCCCAAUUCAAAUAGAGAAGCUAGCAUAAAAACACAUCUGAGAUUUUCAGGUAUUUUGUAUGAGGGGUUUUGCUCUACCCCCAUAUUUCUCAUAUUUGUGUGGUGACUUUCUUGUAAUAUAUAUCUCUUAAUAAAAAAAAUAAAUAAAAAAAA